UACGUGCGCGGCAGGACCCCCGUAGUGCAGAAGGUCGUCCCUUCGUGGGGAUUCCCCGGCCAGAAGGUGCUCUUGAAGGGCUCCUUCAGGACGGAAGACAUCACCGACCCCGCCCACCCGGAGGCCUCGCAGGCGUUGGCGGGGCCUCUUCUAAGCAGGGCGUACCUCGGUGGAAAUGAGUGCCAGCUAUACAACUCGACCUCAGGGCAAGUCUUGGGCCAGCUCAGGCAGGACCAGCUGACGUGCACAGUGCCAGGGAGUGCCAUCGGACCUACGAAUGCCUCUGUGUACGUCUCUGAGAUGGGUGCCUCCGCUAUUCUUGCCAGGGAUCUUUUCGUUGACGCACAGGACGAGCUUUAUCAGUUUCAUGUUGCUCCUGGAGUUUCCAGCGUGUCGCCCUCAACAGGUUCUUCAGCUGGCGGCUCUCUGCUCACAAUCCGCGGAGUAGGAUUUCUCUCUCAUCGGAAUGUCACUUCGGUGCAAGUCGGAGGGGCGGAAUGCACGAUCACCAACGUCUCUGCAACAACCGUCACCUGCAUUGCUCCCCCGCGUAGACUAACCGCGCCUGCACCGGGGGAACGCGGCCUCCUGCUCGAGCUCUGGGAAGGCCAGUUCGCGCCGGACCUACGCGACCGCCGCCGCCUGAGCGCCCUCACGCCGCAGACGGAGGGCUUCUCCUCCUCCGUCGUCACUGACCUCCACUUCCAGAUCGACGCCAAGAGGAGCUUCGUGGCCAAGUUGACGGGUUACUUCCACGCUCCACACGAUGGCUCGUUCACGUUGGCCGCUUACGUGCCCACUCGCUAUGGCACAACCUGGCUCGCUUACCUGGCUGCGGACGGCGACCCUGACAAGGCGGUGCCACUACCAAAGUGGGGAAGCGUGGAACUGAGAGCAGACACGCCGGCUUACCUGGAGGUGGUGAUAAGCGGCCGCAGAGCAGGCAUCCGGUCCACGAAGGUGCUGAUGACGGACCACGACGGUAGGUACAACAGCUGGCAGACGCUCAUGGCCACGAACGAGCGGCAGAGCAUCAGCCUCGAGCCUCAGGUGAAGCACGAGGUCCAGAGGGUGACCUUCAGAGGCCAACCGGGUCGCGUCAGGCUCUUUUUCCAUGGCGCGACCUCUGACCCCGUUGACUUCUCUGAUGACGAGGAGGUGCGGUCGGCAGUGUUAUCUCUCGUUGGGCGGAAGUGCCAAGUCCAAUCCGAAGGGAAGACAAACGAAAUACACUUUGCGACUAGCUUCGAAGAGGGAGAACGAUUACCUUUGGGCAUGGCGGCCAAGGUGGUCAACAUGCUCGAUGCCUUUUGCGGCAGGUUUUCGGCGGAAGUGACAGGGAAAUAUUUCUACUCAAGCAGGAAGCGGCAGACGAAGGUUGAUUUACUUAAAACGCCUUAUAUGUGCUUCGCUCUUCGCGGGAAUGCAAAGAGCUUUCUCAGAAUCAAAGUUAACUAUCAGGACACUUACAACAGAAGCAAAAACAUCGGUCUUACUCUGGAGCAUAAUGCCCACUUUACUCGAAACAAAUGGAGCUAUCAGUGCUUGAACCUCCGAGAAAUGGCCAUGAAUUCCCGAUUAAAGAGAUUUAUCAAGAGGGGUUCAUGGAUCCAGUUGUUUGAGGUGGAAGUUCCUGAACGAGAGACUGUUCAUGACACCCUUUACGUAGAUGAGGUCGCUUUUGUUAGUGAAUCUUUGUAUGUCGAGGUCGAGCGUCCCUCCGUCCUCGAGAGCCUGGGGAUUCUAGUCUCCGAUGUGCUAGUAACACGCGGCGAAGGAAACAGACGCUCGUUUAACCUCACUCUCGAAUCGACGAACAGUGCUGGGAAAUACCCUCUCCUGGGUGUAGUUUCGGAUUCCUUAAACGCCACAUGGAUGGAGGAACUUCGCACAGCCAGCAGCGCCUCCUUCAGCAUCGAUGGCGGAGAAGCAGAGGUGGAGAGAAUUCAGGAAGUCAGCCAGGACGUGGCAGGAUCGUGGGACCUGACCAUUGUAGGCACCACGAUUAAAGGACUGUCUCCGUCUGUAGGCGCCUCCGAGCUGCAGAAUAUCAUCGAAAGGUCUUUGGGCGUGGCGGGCGUGCAAGUAAGGUCGGGAGACGAGCGAAAGUCCAGUGGAGAGAGGAAGUGGCACUUGGAGUGGGUGGGAUUGCCCGGUCGUCAGGAGCUUAUAGUGCCCAGUGCCUCGAGUCUCUUAGUGGGAGGAGAAGCGGUAAAAAUAAGGGCAGAGCGAGAGGAAGCUGGCUCGAUCAGGCACAACCCUGUCUCCUCUCAGUUCUUCAGCGUUCGGAGGACUCAGCCCCACGUGUCGCUAAUUGUACGAGGAUACCGAGCAGUGUGCCUUGGCAACUGUUCCUUCACUUACUCCGAUAUUGCGAUGCCACGACUCGCCUCUCUCACCGCAACACGAGAUGCAGACGGCUCCCAUAUCCUCUCCAUACGAGGCGAAGGCUUCUCGGUCCCAUAUCUCCAGAACUAUACCGUGGCAGUCGGAGGUCGACCCUGUGCCGUGGCCUCUGUCCAGCUCGAUGAAGUCACGUGCAGGCUGGCGUCCCUCCCCGCCGGCUCCCACCACGUCUCUCUCAGCAUGCAACCUGCAGGAUACGCCCACCAACCUACCGUGCCCUUGGUAUAUGAAGCACCUCUCACCCUCACCUCCAUCACGCCCUCGAAAGGCGGCGUGGGCGGCGGAUAUGACCUGGUUCUUCGCGGAGACGGUUUACCCUCCGACGUCGCAGGUUGGGCUGGCAACUCGGUGUCCGUGAGGGACGUCCCUUGUCCAGUCACGGUCGCGUCCCCGGGCUCCGUGACGUGCGUUAUGCCGCCUGGGGAAGCAGGAAGAGCGGACAUAACCGUAGCGAUAGACGGUGUUUCCACGACCACGAGGAACGCUUUCAGGUACCUCCCGCUCGCCUCCGCCUCCGUCUCCAGCGUGCAUCCUCCAGCCUCCUCCGUCUUGGGAGGAGGAAUCCUGACCAUCAUUGGCGCUAAUUUCGGAUCUGAAAGCGACGGACAGGUUAAGGUAGGAGGUGUGGUAUGUGAGGUGGAGAGUUGGAGCGAAAGCAAGAUCACCUGCCUUCUGCCCGCUUUGCCAGCUGGGGAACACGCCGUCGCCGUCGUCAGUGGGCGCAAAGGGCUUGCCAGCGGAUCUGCCAGCGUCGCUUACACUCUGAAGGUGACCGGAUUCUCCCCAACGCGGGGUUCGGUCAAUGGCGGGACGACCGUUAUCCUCAGAGGUCUUGGCUUCGGCGACGACUGCUCUCUGCUGAAGGUCGCGCUUGGGGCGGACAUGACCUGUGAAGUGAUGACCUGUUCCGACGACCUAUUGACCUGUGUGACGAAACGGAGGCAUGUCGAUCAUAUCGUAAACAAUACGGGAACACACUAUAAAUACGGCGAAGGAUACGCGUGGGCACCAGGAAGUCUGCAAGUAAACGCCGGAGACGCCGUCACGUGGUCCUGGGGGAGCGGAAGUAGCAGGAGGCCCCUUUCAACGCCCCUGUACAACGUGUUCCAAACAGCGUCCCCGGCAGGCAACACGUACGACGGCGCUGGGUUCCACUCGGGGCCUCCCUCCGGCCGAGGAUCCUUCAGUGUGACCUUUCCUGAGGCGGGAACUUACUUCUACGCGGGAGACACCAUGGGGAACGGCGCCAUCUUGUCCGGGGUCGUGGAGGUCAGCGAACCCGAGGAGAAAGCUUACGAGGUCAAGGUCACACUCGGAGACUUCGAGGCCGAGUACGAAGACUUUACGGAGGAAGAAUACGGCGAAGGAUACGCGUGGGCACCAGGAAGUCUGCAAGUAAACGCCGGAGACGCCGUCACGUGGUCCUGGGGGAGCGGAAGUAGCAGGAGGCCCCUUUCAACACCCCUGUACAACGUGUUCCGAACAGCGUCCCCGGCAGGCAACACGUACGACGGCGCUGGGUUCCACUCGGGGCCUCCCUCCGGCCGAGGAUCCUUCAGUGUGACCUUUCCUGAGGCGGGAACUUACUUCUACGCGGGAGACACCAUGGGGAACGGCGCCAUCUUGUCCGGGGUCGUGGAGGUCAGCGAACCCGAGGAGAAAGCUUACGAGGUCAAGGUCACACUCGGAGACUUCGAGGCCGAGUACGAAGACUUUACGGAGGAAGAAGUGGACACGAAUCUAGGAGACUGUGGCCGACCUCUUCCUCCCCCGAGUGGCUGCUCAACCCCUGCUCCGCCAACACGCGGGGCCGCAGGCUUUGUCUUUACCACGCGAAAGUGCCUCACCCCCGUCGUCAAGGCGGUUGCCGUCGCCGAAGGAUCUGGGCUCAGCGGGCAUCACGUGACACCAGGUGUGACUCUAACCAUCAAAGGGUCAAACCUCGGGUCAGCGCCGUGCCAGACCAAGGUGACUCUUGGGCCGGGAUUAUGCGAGGUCACAGCGGCCAGUGAAGACGUCUUAUCCUGUGUCCUUCAGGAUGUGGCUGAUAUGGUGUCCCUCGUUCCUACACCCAUCAACGUCGUCGUCUCCGGCAGAGGCGCCGCCACGCUUAGCACAAGCGGGCGUGGGGGUCUCCUCACUCUUAUGCCGUCUAUCAGCUCAGUAAGCCCACGGGAAGGGUCGGUGGGCGGAGGAACCCUUAUAACCAUCAAAGGCACGGGUUUAAAGGCUCUCGACUCCGUGGUGAAGGUCGAACUAGGUCAGAGCCCAUGUCAAGUGGUGAGCCUGACCUCCACCGUCGUCACCUGCAUUUCCAACUCCGUUGCAGCUCCCGAAACGGUCACUCUCGGCCUCUUCGUCUCCUCCGGAAUGGUGCCAGCCCUGAGCGAAAACUCAAACACAUUCUCCUUCGCGGAAUCUGCAACGCCAUCUGUCCGAAGGGAGGGCGUGUCGAGAGGCAGAUUGGUGAUCAACGGCUCUGAUUUCGGCUCCGAGUCGUCCCGAGUCAGUGUCACCCUCACAAGGAUCUCGGCGGCCAGACGGAGGAGGAGCCUCGAGGCGAUGGCAACGGAGGAAGAGGGCCUCGGCUCCGACGACGUGUCCGAGCUCUUCGGCGCUGACUUCGAAUCGUCCAGCGAUUUCUGGAGGUCGGUCACAGGGACACACACAGCGUCCUUCGAGGAGAACAUAGCACGAGGGGCGUGGAGGGUGGCAGGGAGCGUCAGUGUGAAGAGAGGAGAAAGGACAUCGCGAAUCAAACGGCAGACGAAGGUAGAAGUCCAUUCUCUGAUGUGCAAAAUUAUCCUUUUGUCUGAUACAUCGAUCGUCUGCGAUACGAGCCACGUCGCAGCUGGCCGUUACGAAGUGUCCGUCGGCGUGGAGGGCGUUGGCAAUGCCUUGACUCACGAGGACGCCGCCCUUGUCACAUUCGUGCCCCUUGUAGACAGCUUGACCCCGGAGCAGGGCAGCGUACACGGAGAGUCCCUCCUGACCAUCACGGGCGCAGGCUUCUCGCCGGGGGACGUGGCUGUGACGGUUGGUGGCGUCGCGUGCCCCUUGGAGAGCCACUCGGUGACGUCGCUGACUUGCCACACGCCUGCGCACUCGGAAGGGCUCACCGAUGUCGUGGUUACUUCGGCAGGUAUGGAUGCUCGUGCGGCGUCGAGAUACGCCUAUACUGUCGCUAAGACUCCGGUCCUUCGUCGUGUCAAACUGCAGAAGAGGACCUUGCGUGUGGAUGGAGAGGGUCUUUCUCCUUCCGGCGAUGCCCCCGAAGUCUUAGUUGGGGGCGUGACAUGUCCUGUUACCAGCUACGAUGACAACUACAUCACCUGUCGCUAUCCUCAGAUUGGCGGAGGAUCACACCUUGUGCAGGUGCGUGACCCGGUCUACGGAAGCUCCAAUAGUGACCUAAAGAUAACCUUUGACCUCGUCGUCACUGGCAUCUCGCCUGAGCAGGGUAGCUUUGGCGGAGUUGAAGUAACCGUUCGUGGAAGAGGUUUCGAUCCUGAAGGCGGAACUGACGUCACUAUUUGUGGACAGAAGUGUGACGUCACCAUCUCUACUUUUACCGCCAUUACAUGCAUGACGCCAUCAAAUAUUCAGGGAGGAG